UUCCUGGGCAAUUGUUGCAGUUGGAUUGCUGGUUCUGGUUCUUAUUGGUCUGUUGGCUCGCGUUCUUGUCAAAAGAAAACCACCAAAAGACCCUCUGUUUUAUGUUUAUGCUGUAUUUGCCUUUACCAGUGUAGUGAAUCUAAUAAUUGGACUGGAACAGGAUGGAAUUAUUGACGGAUUCAUGACUCAUUACUUGAGAGAGGGUGAACCAUAUCUGAACACUGCAUACGGCCAUGUGAUCUGCUACUGGGACGGCUCCGUUCAUUAUCUGAUGUAUCUGUUGAUGGUGGCAGCUAUUGCGUGGGAACAAAGCUAUAGAACCAUUGGCCUCUACUGGCUAGGUUCCAUUAUCAUGAGCAUCAUUGUCUUUAUGCCUGGAAACAUUGUGGGCAAAUACGGAACUAAAGUGUGUCCUGCUCUUUUCUUAAGUGUACCAUAUAUUUGCCUUCCCAUAUGGGCUGGGUUCCGAAUUUACAACCAACCUUCAGUGACUCACGAUACUCCAGUCAAGGUGGUUCAGGAAGUCCAGAAGAAAGGACUCUUCAGACGACCAAUAGAUUUAAUGUUAGCUGCAUAUCUCAUUCUAGCAACGGGUUUUUGCAUAUUUAGAGGCAUGAUGCUGGCAUACAUGUUCUACUCUGUGCCAUACUAUGUGAUUGCUCUCUAUGGCCUACUGGUGCCUGGUUGUUCCUGGAUGCCCGAUUUAACCCUUAUACAUGCUGGAGGACUAGCUCAGGCUCAAUUUUCCCAUAUUGGUGCUUCUCUUCAUGCUCGAACUCCUUACAUCUACAGAGUCCCUGAGGAAGCAAAACAGUUUUUUCUGAUACUGAACAUAAUGUAUGGGAUUCUUCCCCAGCUGUUGGCUUACAGGUGUGUCAACAAGCCAGAGUUUUUUAUGAAAACAAAACAAGAAGAAAAAACAGAAUAGUACGACUGCUUUCAGCUCCUCUUUUUGGCUAUGUAUAUCAUUGGGUUGGGAUGUAACUGAACUGCUCAAAUGGAACCCAAA